CUUCCAGGUUAAGUUCGUGAAUUUACUUCCGAAACUGCAUGGAACAACAUGAGGACUUCCUCUCGAAAAUUGAUACUGAUCUAUUUGAAGAGCAUUUUACAUACUGGAACAUGCUGCCGCGUCAUCUGAAAAUCAAAGUCUUACGCUAUUGUUCCUACCAAAAUCUGAGAGACUUCAUGUGUCUGAGCAAGGAGUGCAAUUAUUUGGUAUCAAAUAUGAGGAUUCCGGUUCAUGCCAUUUCGCUAAGGCACUAUCACAAGGGAUGGUACAGAAUUAUUUUAAGAAUUUUUGGAAGCAAAAGCUAUGCAUGUUGAAAUCGUUGCAUACGAACUCAUUUUUUGUAGCGUGGUGAUAAGACGCCUGAUGAAUUUCGCGCUUCGGUCAAAGUUUGCUACAUGCCGCGUAUGAAUCACGAUGACAGACAAGGAGUGCUACGUCAUGGUUUCGACUUUUCCUACAAGGAGGGCGGAGGGUGCACGCGAAAGGAGAUUAUGACAAAGACGAAGAAGCGUGAUUUGAUACAGGAAUCAUAUCCGGAACUAUAUUAUCCUGACUCAGUAUAUACUGCUUCUACGAAAGUGUUUUUACGAUUUGUGGAGCAUUUGAACGCAGAGCACGUGUUCAUAUAUUUGUAUACGGAUUUAGUGGAAGGGUUCGAAAGUGUGCUCAAAAAUCUGCCAUUGAAACAUCUGAUCACAUGUAGCUCGCUUGCUAUAAAGAGUUGUCGCUUUUCUUUUCUGAAAUUGCUUUUCCCCUUUGUGAAUCGUGGAUGUGGACUUCGAAUUUAUCCGUUCAAAACUCGCGAUGAUGAAGAAGAAGCCAUUGAUUCUGCGAUAUUUGAUUCCGAAUUAGUAAAAACAGCUCCAUUUCUCAUGAUCUGUAUAGAAUGUCUUAUCAGCGAUGAGCAACUUCUUUGCCUCAAAGCUUAUUGGAUUUAUAUUCCUUUUGCACGCUCAAUAUCGGAAGAAGGUCUAAUCAGAUUGAUCAUGCAGUGGGUGGAGGGCAAACGAAGACUCAACAGAAUCUAUCUCGGGAAUGUGUUGGCACUCACUGAAGAUAUGAUUUACAAAUUGAGAAGAUUUAAACUAAUACCCGAAUCUGAGCUAAUUAAAACCCCAUUUUUCACGGACUUUAUGGAGACGCAUUUUCGAUCUGGAUUUCGCGUUGGAAUCCGAAACAAGGCUGGCAACUUGAUAUUAGUAAACGUAAGCGAAGACUCUUUCGAAAUAGAGGAUCCAUACUCUGAUUAUGAUCUCCCAUUCUCGGAUUGUUGCAUAGAAUGUAUAAUUGAAGAUGAUGAUGAUGAUGAUGAUGAUGAUGAUUAACAACCAAGGUUACCUUCGAGAAUUACGCGUCGAAAUGUUGUGUACGUACGCAACAUAUUUUGUAUUCAGCUUGUGACGAAGUAUGUAAAUAAUGCAUGCGUUUUUUUCUCAUGUUUCACUUUCAUCUGCUCUGGACUCUCAUUGUGAUGUUUGCUUCAAAUUACGCAAUCCAUCUUCCAUAUUUGAACGACGGGUGUUGAAAUUCUAGAAAGUUUUGAAAC